CCACACGGCUGGGGGAGCAGUAGGUCGAAGGGUGUAGAAAUCCUAUUCAUAUUAUCUACUUGCGGCCUCCAAUUCCAUUGUCCCGACACCAUCCUUUGUCCUCCCUCCUCCCUCCCAUGGCUCGAUAGCACCUCCAAACCUCGACAAAGCAUCGCAAACCCGACUCCGGCGCAUCCACCAUGAGCCAAUUGGCCGCUGCUCCGCUGCGAACGGCGAAGCAGCUGCAGAAACUGAAAGAGAUCAAAAAGGUCAAAGCCGCCAUCCGCUGGCACGAACGCGCCCGCAAAAAGCGCCAAGCCAUCGCAAAAGACCGCCAUGAAUCCAAGUCCACCGCCAUAAGCCUCCAAGCAUGGACCAAGGAAAAUGCGCACGACAUCGAGAAACGCGCCCUGAGGAACGCCCGCGAGGACUGGUUUCUCGGGCCGCUGCGUCCCAACCGCGCCAUCGGCUCGGGAGCGGGUCGAUAUGGAGCCAUGGAAGCGGAAGAGCUACGACGGCCUGCCAUUCCAGUGCGCGUGCAAAAGAAUCGGAAUGAAGUUCGGGAGAAGAAAGGCUUGCAGCUGGAAUACCCGUUCGUUGUGGACGACAAGAAAUACUUCCACAUUGUCCAGGACGACCGUGUGGUGCUGAUGAAGGGCAGGGAGAAGGGCAAGAUUGGGGUUGUCGACUCAAUCUCAGAGGAGUCGCAUGAGGCUAUUGUCAAAGAUCUCAACAAGCACUACGCCGAUGGUUCGGCAUUCAACGUACCCCCGGGUCAGGAGGCUCCCGCGAAGCGCGAGACCGAAAUUAUGGUCCCGCUCUCUGACCUUCGUCUCGUGGUACCCUAUCGUAUCGCUACCUACAACGCCGAGGGAGAAGCCAAGCACAUUUACGAAGACGUGGUCGUCGACCACCUUGUCAUGGAGCGUCACACGACGGGCAUUGAUCCCUUCACCGGCCUCGACUAUGGGAACGAGGAAUUCCCCAAAGAGCAUCGAUAUGACCCUGACACCGGCCUUCCCAUCUUCAACCGCUACAUUGCCGGCACUAGGCGGAGAAUAGCGUGGCCGUGGGAAAAAGAGGAGAAGGAGGAGCCUGAGUCCGACAGGAAGGAUACCACUACCACUGAAGUGAAGCAAGGCUGGUUCCGGUCGUCAUUCCGCAACUUGGGCGCCAAUUGGGUGAAAGUGAAGGAAAGUCUCAGGCGCUACGCCGCCUCUCCCCUCACUGGCGGAGCGCAGAAGAAGCUAGAGGACAACGAUGAGCUCCAGGCGGAAGACGAAAAGGAGAUGAACUCCAUCAACAAACAGAUCGAGGAAGUGUAUACAGCGCGAAAGGAAGGAAAACCCCAGCCCGACAAGCGACCGCCCGACUUCGACGAAGACACAGGCCGCAAUAGAAUCGAAGGCGAGGAGACCAAGACUUUCUAUCCGACGCUCGUCUACCCGCCCUUCCCGAACGAGCUCUCUCAGGAACUUGCCCCUCAUAUCCGCGAAGCGAAGUGGGCAGAGGCGAGAGAGAAGAGAGAGCGCGUAGCUCAGGAGACGAGGGAGAUCGAGAAACCGAAAGCGAAUCCGGAGGAGCAGGAGGCGAAGCAGAGGCAGCUGGAUCGCAUGAAGACGCCUCUGCAGUUGCGGUGGGAGGUGGAGUGGGCGAGGAAGGCGCAGGCGGAGAUGGCGAACCCGAAGGUUUCGACUGAGGUGCUUUUGGCGGCGCUUGGGAAGCAUAUGCAGGAUAAUGGGGUGAAGUUGACGGAGAAGAGGAGAAAAGCUGCGAAAAAGCUAGAAGAGGUGGACUGAGCGCCUCCACCAGACCCGGCAUGCUGUAGAUAUUAGACGUUCAUCUGUAGGAUAAGGGACUGGAUGUGCAGCCCAGCCGUAUGCAUCGAUUGGUGGGGGUAUCUAGCUUUGCAAAUGUAAGACUACUCCUUAAC